AUGCAUCGCGGAAAAAUCGUGGUCCAAAUAUAUCAUACGAAACGAACUUCCCUAACAUCCCGCCACCUUCAACACCCAAAUGAACAAUGGACUCACAUUCUCCCUUCCUCCUCUGUUGAUGCCAGCCCCUGUUGCGUCGUCCCUACCGCGGACGGCGAAAUGGGCCCCACCAUCCCAACACCGCCUGCUUCCUCCACCGUUACCACCUCUUCAGUUUCUCAUCAGUCUCUUCCCUUCCGCAUCCUUGAGAUCAGUCUCGUGUCGGCCCAAGACCUUGCACCCGUAUCCAAAUCCAUGCGAACCUACGCGGUCGGAUGGAUCGAUCCCAAUCGCAAGUUAACUACGCCCAUCGAUCAAAAAGGCCACAUUAACCCUGCUUGGAACGAAAAGUUUGCGUUUCGUGUCGACGAUGAAUUCCUCUGCUCUGAUACCUCGGCAAUCACCGUCGAGAUCUACACAAUCUCGUGGCUCCGCCAUGUCCUGGUCGGAACUGUGCACGUUCUGAUCCAUAAUCUCAUUUCGUCAGCGGCUCGGCCACAAAACGACUCCGGCAUCAGAUUUCUUGCGCUCCAGAUUCGCCGACCAUCUGCACCAGGAGAAGUAUGCCUCUUGAUGUUGAAAUGGGAAAAAAAGUUUAAUAUACAGAGUCUUCAGGAGAAUGAAGACAAUCAAGAGGAGAAGAAAGUGCAGCAAAUAAAUGAAAAAAUCCAAUUCUGGAGGUCUUUGAGUUUAGGCACCGAUAUAACCCAUGAAGAAUUCCCUAUGAAAUCUGGGUCAAUAUGCAACGGGUCGAUAAUAAACGGGUCAACAUGUAACGAUUUAGAACUGUGCUCCGACGUUGGACCAUCGGCGUCAAUUGUGGCAGCAGAAAUUGCAAAAGGGUCAUAUGCUCAGGUGGCGUCAACGUCGAAGGGCUUGCAUAUAAGGGGAGAGGUAAAUGAAGUGGGGAAUUCAAUAUUGGAGGAGCUGACGGUGGAAGAAGCUAAGGCCAAAGGGUUGAAAACAGAUAUUGAGAGGUGGAGGACGGUUGUGCCACCAAGGUAUGGUCGUCGUGGAGAGAAACCUCAGCCAGUUAGUGCUCAUUCACGGCGGCACUCGGAUGGAGGAGGGUUGUUUUCGUGCUUUGGCAAUGCAUACGGGUUUGAGUUCACCAUCGUCUGUGGGGCUAGCAACAACAAUAUUCCAACUGGUAACAAGAAUAGAAGUAGAAAGAAGGGGUCCAGUAAGGCCAAUACAGCUUAA